AUGUUCACUAAGGCAUUUCUAGUCACCGUCCUCUUCGCUGCGAUCAGCGCGCGACCUCAAGAAGGUCACGACCACCACCACGGCCACGGUCACGCCGUCUCCUCACAGAGCAUCAAACAGCACCACGGUAAAGCUACUGAAAAGCACGUCGAAUACUAUUCUCACCCUAAGUACGAGUUCGCGUACAAAGUGGAGGACCCUCACACCGGUGACAAGAAGUCCCAACAUGAGUCCCGCGACGGUGACGUCGUGAAGGGCGUGUACAGUCUGCACGAGCCCGACGGUACUGUCAGGAUCGUGGAGUACCACGCUGACAAGAAGACUGGAUUCAAUGCUAAUGUGAAGCGUGAAGGUCACGCCAAACACAUCGUUCCUGAACACCACCACCACCACUGA